CCCAGUGACCCCCAGAUCUCCGUCACAGAGUCUCACUGUUCAGUCUCCAUCCAGACAUGCAGCAGAAACACUCGUUGGUUUACAGGAUGGCCACAGCUCUGUGCCCAUCGCCUCUCGCCUUCAUCAUCCUCCUCUUCGUCCUGUCAGGUGGACCCCCGGUGUCUGUCUCCUGUUUUAAAGUGACAGAGGGGGGCGUGGCCUCUCUGUCCUGCCAGUACUCUGUGAAGCGGUUCGGUCUGAGUCGGGUCUGUUGGGGUCGAGGCUGCGGGACCUUCUGGUGCAGCAACAUCCUGGUGCAGAUGGACGAGAACGGCGUCAUCUCCAAGGUUGACGACAGAUAUCUGCUCACCGGGGACAUCCUGGAUGGACAGAUGGACCUGGACAUCCUGAAUGUGAGGAGGACAGACAGCGGGCCGUACUGCUGCAGGGUUGAUGUGGACGGCCUGUUUAACGACAAGAAGGUGAUCAUGAACCUCAGAGUGGUCAAAGCUCCAUCCACCAAUCCUCCUCAUACAACUACAACCCCAGUAAUGACGACCGACCGAGUCACGGAGCUGAGAGUCACAGAGCUGAGAGUCACGGAGCUGAGAGUCACGGAGCUCUCCACAGAGCUGACCACCACAGUAAACGGGAGAACCCUGCUGUCAUCACAGCUGGACCUUCUGAGGAGGAACUCCACGCUGCUUCGCUCUGAUGCCAUCACUGUGGAGGAUCCUCUACCUUCGCUUUCUCUUCAGAUCAAUGCUCCCGUCCUCUCGCUCUCCCUCAGCAUUUUGCUGGUCAUCGCUGCAGUUUUCCUCUUCCUGGCCUUCAAACGUGGGAUCUACGGAGGUGCUUUAAAGUCAGGCUGUUUGUCCUCAGAUGAACCUCCUCACAUCAUCUACGAGAUCCGCAUGAGAAGACCUGUGCAGGAGAACAUCUACACUCUGGACUAGAACGUGUUACAGGCUAUGAAACCAAACAGCAUCUUUACAAAGACAGAACUGUAUAGAAGUCCUGAUCCAGCCCGUUUUCUUUGUAUUUUACUUCCAAUGAAUCAGACUCUUCCUUGGCCUUUUACAGUGGCUUUGAGAAAUAUUUCCCCAUAACUAGGUAAGAGGACAAACUCCUAAAACCCUGAAGGAUAUUCAGAGCCAUAGAAGAUUAAGAACCUAGAUUUUACAUGAAAAAGUCUUCUUGAAUCGUAAAUGUACAACAGAAAACAUUCAACACAAAAGGUUGUGAUCAGGUCAGAACUGCAUGUUAGAUCAUUCAUAGGAAGUAGAUGAGCUGGAAAAGAGCUACACUUUCUGGUUUACAUGUUGUUAAUCAUUUUUGGUUCUUUCAGUAUGAUCAUAUAUUCAAAAUAUGUGACGCUGUUGGUAGAAAAACCAGGCAAACGUUCCUAUGCUGUGUUAGCUGAUUAUUAUAAAAGUCUGUGUUUGUCUCAUUACUUUCUGUUUCAGAGUCAUAAUAAAAUAUAUUGAUGCCCACUUUUA